GAGAAGCUGUAAUUGUCAGAUAAGGUUGUUCCAGUGACAUAGACAGUCAGGAUCAAAGUCUACAGGAAGGAGGGACGGUGGACUGCAGACAUAUAUUACAACAAGGCUGGAGUAAGCGGUGCUGUCUCCCUGCGGAUUGCUGCCAGAGAGAGAGAGAGACAAGUUGUCAAUGAGAGCUCCUGCAGUUGUUUGGUGGAAACUUUAGCUGCAUAUCAGGCGUUUACGGGCUGCUUGAAUGACAGCGAGCAGGGCGGAAUCGGUUCCUCAUUGUUGUAUAAUUGCCAGUUGUGUAUAGAGCUCUUUCUGUUCGCGGCAUGGCGACAUUACUCUCUCUCUCUUUUUUAACUUCUGAGCGUGAGUCAACUUAUUGCCAAUGAGCGCGAGUCGCAGCUUGUGUGAAGUUCAUCAUCAUCAUCACCACCACCAUCAGCAGGAGCAGCAGGAGCAGGAGAAGAAGACCUUUUAAGGAGCUUUGAAGGAGGCAAAGUUGGAUUAUUGUCGCGCGGAGGAGCGCCUGUUUUCUUUCUUCUUUCUGUUUGUUGAGGUUUAUUCUGCCGGAGGAAGUUAUGACUUCGGUUUGGAAAAGGCUGCAGCGAGUCGGUAAAAAGGCUUCAAAGUUUCAGUUCGUCGCCUCUUACCAGGAACUCGCUUUGGAGUUUACAAAGAAAUGGCAACCAGACAAGCUCAGGGUGGUGUGGACAAGGAGGAACAGACGCAUGUGCUCCAAGCUCCACAGUUGGCAGCCUGAAAUCAAGAACCCCUACAGGGGCAUGGUGGUGUGGCCCGUCCCAGAGAACAUCGACAUCUCUGUUACACUCUUCAAGGAGGUCAAUGCUGAUGAGUUUGAGGACAAAGAGUGGACGUUUGUCAUCGAGGGUGAGACCAAGGGGCAUCGAAAGGUGCUGGCAUCAGCAGACAUCAACCUGAGGCGGUUUGCCAGUCCGACGCCGACCCAGACUGACCUGACGCUGAAGCUGAAGCCGCUGUCCGUCAAAGUGGUGGAGGCCACGCUCAAGCUGUCGCUGUCGUGUGUCUUCGUUCGAGAGGGGAAAGCCACUGAUGAAGACAUGCAGAGUCUGGCCAGCCUGAUGAGCGUCAAACCCACAGAUAUCGGCAACCUGGACGACUUCAAUGAGAGCGAUGAAGACGAGGACAAGAAGUCCGUCACAGCUACAGUAGUUCGACACACUCUAACUCGCCCAAAUCGCCCCGCUCCUCCUCCGCCCGAGAAGCAAAACUCCACCGGACCCACUUUUCCAGCCUCAGUUCCUGUUUCACAUCAACGGCGCCCCCCGGAGGUUCAAACUGCAGAUGAUCUUACUUCAGUCUCUGGCCGUUCUCACAUUUUUAGACCUCAGAUUGUCAAGUCAAUCGCCCGCCCCUCCUCUCCGUCUCCUUUUUCUGCUGAUGUCCCACCUCUUGCAUCAGCGCCUCCUCUCCCCAAGUCUCACCCCUCUAUCUCAGAGUCAGGUGUUCAGGGGGCGUGGCUGACAUCUGGCACUGACAUCACCCCUGUCCCCCUCCUGAGUAGUCCUGACCUUGAUGCUCUCUGUGACCCUGCAGCUCCGGCCCUUACUGCCUCCCUUCCACGCUCCUCACCCCCUCGCUCGUCUUCUUUUUCCACCUCUGUUUUAUUCUCCUCUCCUCACUCUCAGCUCGCUGUCUCUCCUUCCGCUCCUCCUGCUCAGUCAGGCUCAACACUCCCCCUCACUCAAGCGGACAAGGAAACAACUCCAAGCCCACUGAGCCGACGCGAGGACUCUCCUCAGAAUAACCAGGCGAUGGCCAACAUCAAAAUAUCCAACCAGCCAAUCAGACCUGCCCAAGACUCAAAGGCGGCCAUCACAGAAAACAAAGCUGAACCAGCAAGGAUCAGAGAAGAUGCUGCGGAGCUGGAGCAUCAACCAAUCACAGCAGAAACAGACUCAGAAACACAUCACAUAGUCCCACCUCCCGCUCAACCCGGCGCUCCACCAGCCAAAGAGGAGCCCAAAGAGCCAGAGGGACCCAGUGUGGAGACAUCAACCUCCCCCAAACCACCCAGCGAGCGCGGAGCUUUGGCGCUGGAGCCGCUGCUGCCCUCAAAACCAGAACCAGCGCUGCGGACGGAACAAGUUCUCCAGCCAUCGGGAAAGCCACAACAGGAGGGAGCAGAGGAGGAGAAACCAACCGGGGUCGAGGCUGGUGGUCAGGAGAGUUUCGUCAACAAUAAGGAGCCAGUGUGCGAGGCAGAAAAUCAGCUGUGGGCGACUUUGGAGGAGACCACGGCGGAGACAGCAGCGGAAGGAGGGAUGGAAAGUAGUGAGAGCACUGAGGAGAAGGAUGAGAAGCAGGAGGAGGGUGGUGUAAUAGGGGGCACAGGCCACCCAUCCCUUGCUGUUACCCAGAAGCCCUCCUCGCUCCCUUCUGGUGGACAAACCUUUUACCAGAGUUCUGUUGCCAGUCAGCCAAAUAAACUUGAACACUCUCUAACCAGUCUGGCAGACCGUCCUCAUCCUGGACCUCCUUCAGGGUCUAAGCAAGAGGAAGGAAUCAGCCAGACAGUUAGUGCCAAACCUGCUCUCAGAUGCAGUGGGACACAAAAACAGCCAAUGAAAGGCCUGGAGAUAGCAACCAAUGAGGGGGGAGAAGUUGUUCAAUCAUCGGUGGUGCCAUGGCCCCUCCCUCCGAGCACAAACACUGCCAGCAUGCACUCUGACACCAAACACACCAACUCACACAGUAAGCUAAACGAUGACGCAAAAACGGCAGAAACGUCUACAGAUUCACACAAGAGUCUGGAAAUGAGGGACGAUGAAGACACGAGUCACUCCGGUUUAAAGGACACACACACCGCGAAGAGUUACAGUCCGCAAGUUAAAAGCCUUCACAUACAGACACACACCCCCGGUCUCAACCAACUCACCAAAGACCAACAGCUCCAAGAAGAGGAGAGGUUCUUGUUGGCUAAAAUCCAUCUGAUGACAGGCGACACAUCCCCUGUCUCUGGCCCUCGCAGCAUGAAGCGCCUCAUCCCCGACCCUCGCGACAUUGACUGUGACACCGCAGAGCUUGUUGAUCACAGUCAGGACUUCAUUAUUCCCUGCUUUGAUACCCUGCAGGAAAUAUCACUAACUGCAGAAGAAGAGCCACUGGCCAAUGAGCUUGGGCAAAAGAUGGAAGGAGAGGAGGAUGUGCUAAAAGGCCGACUGUCCGACAUCCCCGAUGGGGCAAAGCAGAAACCACAAUUGCAGGCAGAGAACACCUCCAGCACACACGCCAGCAAUAAACAGACUGACACACACUUCACUCCUCCCAAUCACUGUGAGAUGAAGGCAUCUCGACUUCCCACAUUACCAGAAGAAGAAACCUCCGACCUUAAGUCCCCCGAUCCCGUUCCAGUGGUCAGAGAGGAGGCUGAUGGGAAGGACGAUUCAGUUGAGGACCUGGUGAACUCCAGCCAGUCGCUGCUCCAGUGGUGUCAGAACAUCACCAACGGGUACAAGGGAGUAAAGGUCACCAACUUCAGCACAUCGUGGAGGAAUGGCCUGGCCUUCUGUGCCAUCCUGCAUCACUUCCAUCCGGACAAAAUAGAUUUUGAUCAAUUGGACUCUCAUGACAUCAAACUCAACAACAAGAAGGCGUUUGAUGGUUUCGAGGCGCUGGGCAUCUCCCGUCUGCUGGAGCCGUCCGACAUGGUUCUUCUGUCCGUCCCCGACAGGCUCAUAGUCAUGACCUACCUCAGCCAGAUCCGCUCGCACUUCACCAACCAGGAGCUGAGCGUGCUGCAGAUAGAGCACAACAGCAGCCAGUCCAGCUACGGCCUCGCGCCCUCGGGACCUGGUCCCACGAAUGUCGACGCUGCCGCUUUCUGCAUGGCCAGGCUGAACGAAGGAGUGAGCCUGGAGGAGGGAGGAAGCAGCAUGUUGGUCGUCCCGCCGCCGAGGACCAAACGACUGGUUAAAGUGGAAGAGUCACUGACCCCAGUCCCGCCCCCAAGGUCGGUUAACAAACCAGCCAAAUCUGGAUCUCAGGAUGAAGACACAAUGCCAACAGAAAUCUCUAAUACUACAGAGCUGCAGAGCGCAGCAGAGACUCAGCCUCCCAAACAGGAAGAGGAAACAAUGUGGCUGCAGGACACCAGCCAGUAUGUGCUGAGUGAGAUGGCAGCGCUGGAGACGGAGCAGAAGCACAUCGACAGCAGAGCCGCAGUGGUGGAGAGACGACUGCGAAGCCUCAUGGAAACAGGAAGUGACCGUGAUGAAGAGGAGAGGCUGAUCCAGGAGUGGUUCACUCUGGUGAACAAGAAGAACGCUCUGAUACGCAGGCAGGACAACCUGGAACUACUCCAAGAGGAGCAGGAUCUGGAGAGGAGAUUUGAGCUUCUGAACAGAGAACUUCGGGUCAUGAUGGCCAUAGAGGACUGGCAGAAGUCGUCCACUCAGCAGCAGAGGGAGCAGCUGCUCCUCCAAGAGCUGGUGUCUUUGGUCAACCAGCGGGACGAGAUCAUCAGAGACAUCGACGCCAAGGAGAGAGGGGCCCUGGAGGAGGAUGAGCGUCUGGAGCGCGGCCUAGAGAUGAGGAGGAGAAAACACAGCAACAAAGACAAAUGUGUCCUACAGUGACAAGAGAGGACGUACACAAACAGAUUUCACUACUGAGCCUCUAUACCAGAAAGAUGAUUUUUUUUUCUAUCUUGUUCAUUAUGUUUGCACACAAGAUUAAAAAAAGCAGGACGUUUGGGGCUCUGUAGUUCCCCCCUUUUUUUGUUUUUUUAGUGCCUUUAUCUGAACUGUUGAACUGUCUUCUUUGAAAGUGUGUGCUAAAAAAUGAACGUCCGUUCAGUUUGUCUUAAAGUAAUAGUAUUAUUUUGAUCCUGUUCACAUAUUUUUAUUUAUUUAAAUGAUGAAUCUGAUUGUUGUACAUGUAUUGCACCUAUGAAGUUUUGUGUGACUGUGUGUCUGUGCAGUAUUUGAUCACUGGCUUUGCCCCUUCUUUCUUUUCUAUAAAGGACAUGAUGAGAGCUUCAUGAUCUGCGCACAUGUGCAGGAAUUCGAUCUGUAUCUGGUCAUAUUUGUCUCUUUGUUUCAAAGCUUUCCACCCUGAAAGUGAAAAAUAUUUGGUGGUAAUAUACCAGAACAUAUUCAAUAGAAAAAUAACAUGUGAUAAGUCAUGAGCUGGACUCAAACCGACGGUGCUGAGACAACAGGAUGACCCCCAACAUCACAUUCUGAUGAACCCUGAAAGCCUUUUGACUUAUAGCAAUAUUACACUUGAUUGUUUUAUUUUAUUUAGAUGUUAGAUGUUGAAAGUGUCCUUCAUUUUAAACCUUGUGUGUGCACAAACGACACUCAAGGUGGUCUCCAGCUUACAGUGUUUAUUUGAAGUUAGACCCUGAAUGCCUUAAGUCACCCAUCGUGUGUGGCUGUGAUGCUCAUGCCUGCCUGAUUCACAGAAAUGAACCUGUUUCCUCAUUUCUGUGUACUUUGACUACUGUGUGCACUCUUUUUGAGGUGUGCUGGCAAAGUGGUACUCUGCUUCACAUCUCUACUGUAUACCUAUCACACACUGUAUACCUGAUGUUGCUGUCUGUAUUUAUGAGGUGGAGAUAUAUCGAAUGAUAUUGAUAAAUAUGUUGGAGAAAAAUAAAUAUUGGUUGGUUGCUUACA